UAUCUCAGUCAACUUCUACCGUCCACGUGCUUUUUGUUUACAACCAGACUUAGUUUUCAUUGGAAAUUCGAUCAUUUCCAUUUAAAGUUGACCCAAAUUUGCUGAAGGUAGCUAGCCAGAAAUGCAAAAAUCUAAGAAGCUUCUUCAAAAGGAGGAGGCGGCAGUGACCGAAGAAAAGGAGGAAUGUGAAAUGGACGAUCAGGAAAACGAGCCGGAGGACGAGGACUCGGAAGACGAGGAAGAAAACAAUGCAGAAGGCGAGCCCCCAGCGAAGAAGGGCAAGACUGCUAAGAAAUCCCCUGAAAAGAGCGAAAAGGAGGAAAAACCAUUGUCCGAGAACGACCUGCUGAAGAAGAAGAUCCUGAAGCUAGGAGAAAUAAUUCGUAGGACAAAAUGCCCCAAAUUCACUCAGAUCGAGAAGCUGGAGGAGCUGAAAGCCAUCUUGAAGGGCAACUACGCAAAAUACGUGUACAACCACGCCGUCAGCCGAGUGAUAGAGUGGAUGAUUAAAUUGGCCGCUGAAGACUUGACCACCGCCAUCAAUCAGGAGCUGAAAGGCACCCUGAAGAAUAUGGCCAGGCAGAAGUACUCAAAACACGUUGUCGUGUGCCUCAUCACCAAGGCUGACAAACAGACCUUUGAGGCCAUUCUUAAGGAGCUGUCCGAGGAUAUCAUCAAAUUAAUGCUGCUCGGAACUUCCAACUCGGUCGUGACAGAAUUGUACAAAAAGGCGUCCAAGGAGCAGAAGCAAUCUCUGAAACACAGCUUUUAUGGGAAAAGUUUCAAAACGUUCAGGUCAAAGAAUAUUCUGAACCUGAAGGACGUCGGCACUCUCAGUCAGACUGAAAAGGACAGCAUAUUUAAUGAGAUCCAUGACAAUCUCACCAAAGUGAUUGAAAAGAGCACCAUGAAAUCUGAGCUGAUUGUUGAAAUUCUUCGGGAGUACCUGGAGGUGAUGGAGGUAGGCAACGCGAAGCACACAGCGCUGGUGACAGUACUGCAGUCCAACUUCGUGGAGCUCGAGCAGUACAAAGAAGGCGCCUGGCUGGCCACACACUGUCUUUGGCACUCAAGCGCCAAGGAGAGGAAGCAGAUCAUGAAACUGGUUAAGGCCAAGCCUAGCCUCGCUACCAGCGUUGUCGGCUAUGCAAUACUAGUUGCCAUGAUGGACUGCAUUGACGACACCACGCUCCUCAACAAGAUUGUUUUGCAACCACUGUUGGAAGACUGUGAAAACCUGUGUGGUAACAUGUACGGAGUGAAAGUCCUGUCCUUCGCAAUCAAGCCUCGCUCGACACUAUUUCUGCAUCCGGAACAGAUCAAGUUCUUGCAGGAAGGAGAGUCUAACCCGCACAGCAAAAAGGAUCCAGCCCUGAGGCAAAAGGAAAUCAAGGGCUUUGCUGUUCCUCUGGUUGCCAGCAAGAUUUUGGACAACUUUUCAGCCUGGAUACAGAACGCUCACAGAUUUUUGUUCAUUAAAGCGCUUGUCGACGAAACUGAUUUUCCAGAAGUGAUCAAAUUGCUUGAGUUGUUCACUUCACUCCUGACACAACCUGACUACAAAGAAACCACCGAACACAAAGGCACCUCCUCUGAAUUGCUUUUGAUUGAAGUUCCAUUUGCUCAGAAGUUGGCAAUGCACCUCAUCAAGGAAGACAAGAGGAAAUACGCUGCUGACUCAAGCUACAAGCCUAUCUUCUGCGAAAUGCUAGUUUCCAAAAUUAAGGAAACACCUGAGUUCUGGCUAGACAGCAACAGAGGAAUUCUCACUUUUCUUUGCAUGCUGGAAACUGAAAUUCCAUCUGUGACUUCUAAGGUGCAGAAAAUUUUGAAACCUCACGUUUUAAUGGUCCAGAGUAUGACAGACACCAGUAAGAGUGCUGAAGCUUUGUUAAAACUACUAGCUUAAUAAGCAAACAAUGAAUGUAAUUAUGAUAUGAUUUCCAAUAAACACGAAAUGAUGUAAUUAACAGAGAA